AUGCAUUCAGACAAGGGCUGGCAAGUGCUUCCGGGUCAAAUACUCGGUUCCAACUUUGCGAACUACCUGCUCACGGGACUGUCAACGCCAUCGUUCUUGCACGAUAAAAGGCUUUUUAAAAACGCGUUACAAUGCACGAUGACAUGUCGUGUCUAUUAUGUUCCGUGUAUUUCUAUCUAUCUCAGUUUUUUCAUUAUCAUAGAAUAUUCAUUAUCUAUCAUAGACUUUUCAUCUAUCAUAGACUUUUCAUCUAUCUAUCUAUCUAUCUAUCUAUCUAUCUAUCUAUCAAAGACUUUUCAUCAUUUAUAUAUCAAAGGCUUUUCCUUUCUGUGCAUCUAUAUCGAUCUGUAUCUAUCUAUCUAUCUAUCUAUCUAUCUAUCUAUCUAUCACAGUCUGUUUAGAUCUAUCUAUCUAUCUAUCUAUCUAUCUAUCUAUCUAUCUAUCUAUCUAUGGACUAUGGCUUCACAGUACGCGGCCUAG